GUGCGCAGGUUGCCGCGGAGGGCGCGCGGACUCCGAGCGAGCCCGGAGGACCCCGCUGCCCCCUGGGCCGUCACCUCAGGCUCUGCUCGGGCACCAGCAGCGGCACGGCGACCCCGGUCCCGCCGCCUACCCGCCCACGCUACCUCCUGCAGCCUUGCUCCUACCGCAGCGCGCCCGGCCGGGCUCGGCCGUGGCCUUCCUAGGUGCCGGCCGCUAUGGCAGGGGCGCCCGGCGCAGGGGAAAUCUAGUCCCGGGCUUUCAUGCGGCCUAGCUUGGUUCUGUCUCCUCCCCCCCGCGGCCGCAGCCCCUGCCCGUACUCCAGCCCCACUCCGGGCCUCCGCGUCUCUCCUGUGAUCGCGCUGACACGGCCCGGGGGUUAGAAUGGAACAAACUGAAGGCCCGAUGAGAGAAAGGGACAGUUAAGGAUGCUGGAGCAGAACAAUGGAUUUCUCUUUCUCUUUCAUGCAAGGGAUCAUGGGAAACACAAUUCAGCAACCACCUCAACUCAUUGACUCCGCCAACAUCCGUCAGGAGGAUGCCUUUGAUAACAACAGUGACAUUGUUGAAGAUGGUGGCCAGACACCGUAUGAAGCUACCUUGCAGCAAGGCUUUCAGUACCCACCUACAACAGAUGACCUUCCUCCACUUACAAAUGGCUACCCACCAUCAAUCAGCAUGUAUGAAACUCAAACCAAAUACCAGUCAUAUAAUCAGUAUCCCAAUGGGUCAGCCAAUGGCUUUGGUGCAGUUAGAAACUUUAGCCCCACUGACUAUUACCAUUCAGAAAUUCCAAAUACAAGACCACAUGAAAUUCUAGAAAAACCUUCCCCUCCACAGCCACCACCUCCUCCUUCGGUACCACAAACUGUGAUUCCAAAGAAGACUGGCUCACCUGAAAUUAAACUAAAAAUAACCAAAACUAUCCAGAAUGGCAGGGAAUUGUUUGAGUCUUCACUUUGUGGAGACCUUUUAAAUGAAGUACAGGCAACUGAACACACAAAGUCAAAGCAUGAAAGCAGAAAAGAAAAAAGGAAAAAAAGCAACAAGCAUGAUUCAUCUAGAUCUGAAGAGCGCAAGUCACACAAGAUCCCCAAAUUAGAACCAGAGGAGCAAAAUAGACCAAAUGAGAGGGUGGACUCUGCACCAGAAAGACCAAGAGAAGAGCCAGCACUCAAAGACGCCGUCCCGGUUCAGCCAAUACUGUCUUCUGCCCCAACCGCAGAAGUAACCACUGGUGUUAAGUUUCGGGUUGGCGAUCUUGUUUGGUCCAAGGUGGGAACCUACCCUUGGUGGCCUUGUAUGGUUUCAAGUGAUCCCCAGCUUGAGGUUCAUACCAAAAUUAACACAAGAGGUGCCCGGGAAUAUCAUGUCCAGUUUUUUAGCAACCAGCCAGAGAGAGCAUGGGUUCAUGAAAAGCGGGUACGGGAAUAUAAAGGUCAUAAACAGUAUGAAGAAUUACUGGCUGAAGCAACCAAACAAGCCAGCAAUCAUUCUGAAAAACAGAAGAUUCGGAAACCCCGACCUCAGAGAGAACGUGCCCAAUGGGAUAUUGGCAUUGCCCAUGCAGAAAAAGCAUUGAAAAUGACUCGAGAAGAAAGAAUAGAACAGUAUACUUUCAUCUAUAUUGAUAAACAGCCUGAAGAGGCUUUAUCCCAAACAAAAAAGAAUGCUGCCUCCAAGACCGAAAUGAAAAAACCCCGAAGACCAAGAUCAGUGUUGAAUAGUCAACCAGAACAGACCAAUGCAGGGGAGGUGGCCUCCUCACAGUCAAGUACUGAUGUUCGGAGACACAGUCAGAGGCGGCACACAAGUGUGGAAGAGGAAGAACCGCCCCCUGUUAAAAUAGCCUGGAAAACAGCAGCCGCAAGGAAAUCCUUACCAGCUUCCAUUACAAUGCACAAAGGGAGCCUGGAUUUGCAGAAGUGUAACAUGUCCCCAGUUGUAAAAAUUGAACAAGUAUUUGCUCUUCAAAAUGCAACAGGAGAUGGGAAAUUUAUCGAUCAAUUUGUUUAUUCAACAAAGGGAAUUGGUAACAAAACGGAAAUAAGUGUCAGGGGACAAGACAGGCUUAUAAUUUCCUCACCAAACCAGAGAAAUGAAAAGCCAACACAGAAUAUAUCAUCUCCUGAAGCAACAUCUGGUCCUACAGGCUUGGUAGAAAAGAAGCAACAGAGAAGAUCAAUUAGGACUCGUUCUGAAUCAGAGAAGUCCUCGGAAGCUGUGCCAAAGAAGAAGAUCAAAAAGGAGCAGGUUGAAACAGUUCCUCAGGCUACAGUGAAGACUGGAUUACAGAAAGGUGCCAGCGAGAUUUCAGAUUCCUGUAAGCCUCUAAAGAAAAGGAGUCGAGCUUCAACUGAUGUAGAAAUGACUAGUUCAGCCUACAGAGACACAUCUGACUCCGAUUCUAGAGGACUGAGUGAUCUGCAGGUAGGCUUUGGAAAACAAAUAGAUAGCCCGUCAGCUGCUGCAGAUGCAGACGUUUCUGAUGUGCAGUCCAUGGAUUCAAGUUUGUCCAGAAGAGGCAUUGGAAUGAGUAGGAAGGACACUGUGUGUCAGAUCUGCGAAAGCUCUGGCGACUCUCUGGUUCCUUGUGAGGGAGAGUGCUGCAGACACUUUCACCUGGAGUGCCUGGGAUGGACAUCACUCCCCGAUGGGAAGUUCAUGUGCACAGAGUGUAAAACCGGGCAGCAUCCAUGUUUUUCGUGUAAGGUGCCGGGUGAAGAUGUGAAGCGUUGUUCAGUUAGUGCUUGUGGAAAGUUCUAUCAUGAAGCCUGUGUCCGAAAAUUCUCCACUGCCAUCUUUGAAUCAAAGGGGUUCCGCUGUCCCCAGCACUGCUGCUCUGCCUGCUCUAUGGAGAAAGAUAUCCACAAAGCAAGUAAAGGACGCAUGAUGAGAUGUUUGAGAUGUCCAGUUGCCUAUCACUCUGCAGAUGCUUGUAUUGCUGCAGGAAGUGUAUUUGUGUCCUCCUACAUUCUCAUCUGUAGUGAUCAUUCCAAGCGGAGCAAUAAUUCUGCUGCUGCUAUAAAUGUAGGCUUUUGUUUUGUUUGUUCCAGAGGGCUGAUAGUUCAGGACCAUUCAGACCCCAUGUUCAGUUCCUAUGCCUAUAAGUCCCACUACCUACUGAAUGAAUCAAAUCGUGCUGAGUUGAUGAAAUUACCUAUGAUUCCUUCUUCGUCAGCUUCCAAAAAGAAAUGUGAGAAAGGUGGAAGACUGCUCUGCUGCGAGUCGUGCCCAGCUUCCUUUCACCCAGAAUGCCUGAACAUAGAUACGCCAGAAGGCUGCUGGAAUUGUAAUGACUGUAAAGCUGGCAAGAAACUGCAUUACAAGCAGAUUGUUUGGGUCAAACUGGGAAAUUACAGGUGGUGGCCAGCAGAGAUCUGCAAUCCCAGGUCUGUACCGCUGAACAUCCAGGGCCUUAAACAUGACUUAGGAGACUUCCCCGUAUUCUUCUUUGGUUCUCAUGACUACUACUGGGUGCACCAAGGCAGAGUGUUCCCAUAUGUUGAAGGAGACAAAAGCUUUGCUGAGGGACAGACGAGUAUUAACAAAACCUUCAAGAAAGCGCUGGAAGAAGCUGCAAAACGUUUCCAGGAAUUGAAAGCACAAAGAGAAAGUAAAGAAGCACUAGAGGUUGAAAAAACUUCAAGAAAACCUCCACCUUACAAACACAUCAAAGCUAACAAAGUCAUAGGGAAGGUACAGAUUCACGUCGCUGACCUAUCAGAGAUCCCCCGCUGUAACUGCAAGCCUGCCGAUGAGAACCCCUGUGGCUUGGAAUCAGAGUGUCUGAACAGAAUGUUGCAAUACGAGUGUCACCCGCAGGUGUGCCCGGCUGGAGACCGUUGUCAAAACCAGUGCUUUACGAAGAGGCUCUACCCAGAUGCAGAGAUCAUCAAAACAGAGCGGAGAGGCUGGGGCCUCAGGACCAAAAGGAGCAUCAAGAAGGGUGAAUUUGUAAAUGAAUAUGUUGGUGAAUUAAUUGAUGAAGAAGAAUGCAGACUUCGAAUCAAGCGAGCUCACGAGAACAGUGUAACUAAUUUUUAUAUGUUAACUGUUACCAAGGACCGUAUAAUUGAUGCCGGCCCCAAAGGAAAUUAUUCUCGUUUUAUGAACCACAGUUGUAAUCCAAAUUGUGAAACACAGAAAUGGACAGUGAAUGGAGAUGUUCGAGUUGGACUCUUUGCUCUUUGUGAUAUCCCUGCAGGCAUGGAGUUGACAUUCAAUUACAACUUGGACUGUCUGGGCAAUGGCAGGACAGAGUGCCACUGUGGGGCAGACAACUGCAGCGGCUUUCUGGGAGUGCGGCCAAAGGCGGCAUGUGUAUCUACAGCUGAAGAGAAGGCAAAAAAUGCCAAGUUAAAGCAGAAAAGACGAAAAGUCAAAACAGAACCAAAGCAGAUGCAUGAAGAUUAUUGUUUUCAAUGUGGAGAUGGUGGAGAACUGGUCAUGUGCGACAAGAAAGACUGUCCCAAAGCAUACCACCUCCUAUGCCUUAACUUGACUCAGCCACCGUAUGGAAAGUGGGAGUGCCCGUGGCAUCAGUGCGAUGCAUGCAGCAGUGCGGCUGUCUCCUUCUGCGAGUUCUGUCCACACUCGUUUUGCAAGGAUCAUGGGAAGGGAGCUCUGGUCACCUCUGCGCUGGAGGGCCGUCUCUGCUGCUCUGAGCACGACCCCGCGUCGCCUGUGUCAUCAGAAUACUGGAGCAAGAUCAAGUGUAAAUGGGAAUCACGGGAUCAUGGAGAAGAGGCAAAGGAAUAAAUGGAUGGUGAUCCCCACUUCCUGUUUAAAUGAGAUGAAGAAAACAAGCGGAUACUGCAUUUCAAAACCAAGAGACUGCUGAGUGCACACAGCCUCUGCCCAUCAAGACUGUUUUAUUAAAGCAAAGGUGCGAGACCGGCUCACACAGGCAGAAGCAAUUGGAGAUGUCUGAUUUUUCUGUUUUGUUUGCCGGUGUAGAGAUUUCUUUUGUGAAAGGUUAAAUCCCACCACCACCACCCAUUUUUUCCCUUGCCUUUUAUUGUGCUUCAGUGCUUUUGCAGCUGAGAAAAGAAGUGUCUUCACUUUUAAAAUCACAACAGAAAGUUGUUUUGUUAAUGAGAGCAAUUUAAAGUUUAAGAUGUAUUCCUUGGUUGUAUAAAGUAGCCAUAAUUUUUUUAUUUAUUUUCAUUUUUAGGAAUUUUGAAAAGUGUCGUUCAGAUAGUCUGUCAGUUGAUGUACGUAUGUGUGUUUUAAGGAGGAAUUGGAAGAAGCCUUCUAGAAAAAGUCCUCUUUACUGAGCAGUAGGUAGGCUGCCUUCUCUUUCCCUCCAGAAUGUUUUUCCUAAUCUUGGAGAACAGCUUUCCUCCCAGGUAUUAUAUUGCUAUUUCGGUAGUCUUAAAGGAGGUGGACUUUGUGAUAUAGUAACUUUACCUACAAAGGGAUAUGAUACAUUUUUUUAGUUGCUCACUGUCCGCAGACAGUGGGCUUCCAGUGACAUGCAUUGUGUGGACGGGAAUCACAGCAGAGCCAUCACGCCUGCUCUGACACUGACAGAAGCAGCUACAGCAAUGCAAAAGGCACAGACCAAAAGUGGAAUCGUCCAAGCACCUUUUUUUAUGUUCAGUUUUGUGUAGAAUUCAGUGUAGAAUUGGUCUUAAAAUUAUGGACAUUUUUUUUGUAUCUCUAUUUUCCUCUUGUAAUCAAACAUUUUCUUGAUCAACUGACCAUUCAAUCGUGUUUCCUAGCAAAACUGCACAAGAAAACUAAAGUAGACCUUUUAAAUUGAGUUUAGUUGGUGGGGUAAAUGCAGUAGGGGCAUCUUCAAGUUAUACGUGAACAACUUCUAUUUAGUAUUAUUCAACAGCUUAAAACUGUCCUCAUAACUAAGAGCAAGAAUUGCUUUUAUAAGAUACACAGAAGCCACACGAAUGUACUUCACAUUAGGAAGCACUUCAAGAAGCACCCAAGGAGGUCUGUCUUAGCAGAAGUCAUUGCUGGAUGUUGAGUCUUCUGCCUGCAGGUAUUGACAAAACUCACUUAGUGCUUAGGAAUAUGUACGUUCCUAUACUCCUCACAUGAAAGUGUUCGCGACGUCAGACGGAACGCUCUUGUUCAGUAGAAGUCUAGGCUUAGCCUAAAUGACCUUCCAGAUUUCUAUGUGAAUUCUGACUGCUUACAGUUGCUGAUACCUGGUAGCAUUUAUUCUCUCUCAGAAGUGCUCAGUUCCUUACAAAGGCAGGGAGGGGCGAUGCUGUGCACCCCUUCAGUAAUGUCGUGUGUGUUUCACUGUCUUGCCAGUCGAGAGCUGUUCUAUGGAAAGAAGAAAAAGCUGUGUUGUGCCUCUCUUUCUCCUUUUAAAUACAGAAAUGUGCAAUUAUACUGGAUUUUCUCCUGUAAAAAACAGCAACAACACUACAAUUCCUUUUUACUUAAGCUUCUAAACUGCCAUUUGCCUAAUUGCAGCAAUUAAUUCUGAGGUGACUUAUUGGUCAUCCAGUAAUUCUGUUCAUUACAUAUGAUCCAAAAAGAGCAAAAUGGAAAGUACACAUUCCCAAAUCCAGUUGCUGUGAGUAACAUGAAAUACAGCUCACAGCAACACUAGACUUUGCUUUUGAGCAAUUAUAUAGUUUGAUGUCCUUUUAAAAAUAAUUUAAGAAAAUCUAGGUUUUCUCAUACUCAAAUCUUAUUUUAUAUAGAUAUAUGAUAAAUGUAUGGUUUUUUAAACUUACUAACACAAAGAUUUCCUUUAAUAUUCUAAAUGCAGCUCUUGUUGAAACAAUGUCCAACAUGAAAUUGUAUCUCCUUGUUUUGUUUUGGACUUUAGUGCUAUUUAAUAUCUGAUAACUUUUAUAUGGUAAGCCAGGGUACGUUCUAUAAACUGCAGAUACCUUAGGUUUAAGUAUUUUUAAUGCAGCUUCUCAUUAUGUCACUUUUUGUUUUUAUAUCUAUAACAAGAGCUCUGCAGAGACUUUUUUAAUCUUUUUUUAAUGAUAAUAGGAUUGUUCUGUCAUUUCAGAAAUCAAGGUAUAAAAUAGCUAACCAUAGUUCUAAGGUCUUAAUGGUCUGAAAAGUGGUUUUAAUUAUGCCAGUUCCAAGGGCCUCUCCUCACAGCUCUGUGGUGUACUGUUGACCCGCUUCGGUGCGCUCAAGUUGAAGGUUGUAAAAGCAGAAAGUUGCGCCUUGUGUGUGCGUAAGUGUACACACGCUGUGCUUGCCUGUGCCACACAACAAAAUACUCCAAAAGACAAACUUCUCACUCACAGUCUGCUGUGGGUAUUUGUUAACUUUUAAGUCUGCAUGUGGUCAGAGCUUAAGUGGUUGGUUUUUAUACUCAUCCAAAAAUGAAAUAACUUAAAGCAGCACAGGAUAAUGGUGGUUGUAGGUAUUUUCCCCCACUUAACCUCAUGUUACUUCUUUGGAGGAGGAAGUGAGCCUAAAAUAAAAACCCUACAAUGACCAUGAUCUGCCAAAAGACCAUCAGCGUAAAGCUUCAGCAGUUAGGUCCGUAGGAGCUGGAAAAAGUCCUGGCUGUUUCCAGGAAGCAGUGGCCGCCCAGGAGACACUGGGGCCGGGGCCAUCGGCAGGAGAGCAGGGAGGCGGGCUGCUCUUCGCUUUUGUGUUUACUGGUUCCCGCUCCACCUUCACUCUCACACAUGCCGGCCUAAGCUUUAGAGUGAGCUGAGUUUUAGAGUCAUGGAAGCUUGGAGAUUUCUGAGUGCUCCAGUGAGGGAUGUCUCUGGGAAGGUAAAGGGAGCGGGGGCCAUUCCCAGUUCUUUUCUGGACUUCCACGUAGUGCUGGGAACCAUGCAGUGAAUGACGUGGAAGGGAGGUGUCAGGUGUCUAACCGCGUAAAGUAUUGCCAUGGCACAGGCUGGUGGAGAGCUUUCCUGGUCAUUUGAUGUCAUCUGUUUUUUGAGUAGUUUCUUGUGUGAUGUGUUCCAAUCAGGUCAAACCCAGACCUGCACUUUCGAGUUGGAGAUGCCACCUAGUCAGAACGUAAUCUCUGGACUACUCGGGACCAGUUGCCUGCCUUUGUUUGAUUUUUAGACAGAAAGCUCUUAACUUCCACCAUGAAGUCAAGGUGUUGCCAGCCACAUGCCAUGUCCGAACAAUAAGAAUAAGGAAGCUUGGCAAGCUGGUGUGUGCUUUACCUCCAUAUGAGGUCUGGUGCCAGCGGCGAAGCUGCUCUAUCGUGGGCAGUUCUGAGUAGCCUCCAAUGCCUUUCUACAAGCCUGGUGCAUCUAGCCACCCCUGCUUAUCCAAGUUGCUGCAGACAGGAAGUGAUCAAAUGAAAUAAUUUCCUGUUCAGCCUAAGGCCGCCUAGACUUGGUCUCUGGUUACUUGUAAAGAAAGGUAUAGAACUUAGUUCCAUUUUCAAAUGGGAAUAGAUGUAAUCAGACAGCUUUACAGUGAGUUAAUGAAUAUUGAAAAGUUGGAAAUUUGUAUAUACUGAAAUCCUACCAACUUUUACUUGGGGUUGGGUACUGGGACCCCUUAUGGGGUGAGGGAGGGUAUCAUAAUGUUUACCACAAGUACGAUGUAGUCACUUUAACAUUGAGACCUCUGCCUCAUGGAAUUCAGGUUUUUUAAGUACUUGAAACUCUUCAGAUUCUCAUUUUAGUUUCCUUUUUAAAAAAUAUAUGAAGUAGAAAGCAUUGUUUUAUGUACUAUUUUGAAAACAAAUAGCCUCAUGUCUUGUCCUCUUUCACCUGGAUUAAAAACAAAGUUCUGGAAAUGAAAGCACUUGUUCACAGUAGAUGCUGAGAUUUCCUGUGUGCCCUGGAGGAAGGGACUCUUGUGUGAGAUACCAGCAGCGUUUUUACAAACGUUUCCUAUGUGUGUUCUUCAUUGUGUCAGGCCUAUCCCAAGCGCCUCUUUUUUCCUUUCACUAUAUACCUGUGUAGGGAAAUAAUCUUUUGCACUUACGUUACACUCCUAAAAUGCUGUGUAUAACCCUUAUUUAUCAAAACCACUUUUGAUUUUCAGUUCUUUUAUCAGUCCAUUACAGAAGUGACAAAAAGGGGCACUUGCGGCACUUCCGUGUGAAGGGAAGGUUAGUAACCAGCAAAUGAAAAGGGAAAAUGGCAUUGUUGCUAAAGACACGGUUCAGCCCUUCGUUUUCCUGUGUAAUGUGACUGCCACUGCCCUUCCCACCUGCCACACACUCCUGACAUGUACAGAGGGCUCCCAAGGCCCCAGGUUGCCCACAUCGGGCAUUUGUAAGACAUUCCUGUUGGUUUAGAAGUGGACUAAGUAAAGUUUACUUUUACUUUGUUGUCAUUAACCUCUCUUUCAGUGUCACAUGCUGUAUUGAAAAUCAUACUCCACUAAUAAGAUGCUAAAUGGUAAUUACAGCUGGCCAAUGAGAUCAUCUUUUUCUAUACAACAGUGUGUGCAUAUUUGGAAUUGGUAUGAGAAAUCCAUUUGUACCCAUUUAAUACUGCACAGCACACACUGAUACCUAGAGAUUCUGUUUUCAUUUCAAGUUCGUUAUGAUAAUGACCUUUGUAGAUUGGCUAUUUCUGUACUUUGCUUAUCUGUAAUAAACUUUGUAGAUCGUGUGAAGUUACUUUGCUUAAAUCACUUGAGUCUUUAAUAACAAAGCAUCAAUAUUCACUGAAGUCAGUCUCCUGAGUUCCUGUGACUUGGCUAGAAGCUCUUGACACUAAGGGUUAGUGUUGUGUUCCCUGGGGGAGUUCCACUAGGGCAUUACUGUAUAAUGACUUGAUGUUGCCACAUAGACUUUUAAGAUAUAUACUAUUCUGAGGAUGUUGUUAAUUGGCCUAUGUUUUAUUGCAAAGUGUGGAACGUGCAGAGCUUGGGUAACCUGUAUAUAGAUAGCUCGUUGACUAGUUACUGUGUACUUAGGAUUGCCUGUAAUAUUUAAGCUUCUUACUGAUAUGUGUGCUGGUAGGAACAUCCAGUUUUUGUACAUUAUAUUUACCCAGAUGUUGCCUUUUUUAUUUUACAGAUACUUUGGGAAUCAAAUGUGUUUUUUGCUUCUGUGAGGAUUAAUUUGGAAAGAUUUUUGACAUUCCACUGAUUUCAGAUUUUGCUUGAGAUUGACUUCAAUAAAUUGUCCUGAAUGUCCCCAAA